UAAAUUUGUCAGAACGGCGCAACAUCAGCGCGCCUGUGUGUUUUUGAUCAACAAUGGAGAAUUCGCAAAUCGUUGCCCUAAAACCCUUGCAAAACCUCUAUCCUUUACCUCCUCGCCGCCGGCUACUCAUGAGCAAAACCUACAGUACACUACUCCAGAUUCUAUCUGAUUGUCGCAGCACCGACUCAACCACUGAUAAACAAAAACUAGAUGACAAUGACAGCAGUAAACUGGGAAAAGAAAAUGAAGUCGGUAAAUCAGUUGAUCAUCAUCUCAUCAGGUCUGAGAAUUUGUUAGGUACUGGUCCUGCUCAUAACGAGUCUAACAAUCUGGUAGUGCAACCGGGUUCUGGUGAUAGAAAUGAAGGGAACUCUCGUUAUGGAUAUGGAGAUUUUACUCGUGCACGAAUGCAAGUAGAUUCAGAUCUGUCAAAUCAUACAAGUAAUGCAGUAGAAGGAGAUAGAGGUGAUUUCAUAACAAACGAUAUCAUUGAUACGAAUGGUUUGGUACACAAAACUCUUGGUUGUAACUAUCAAAUGGUCAAGGAACCUGGGAAUAGGUGUAGCACUCAUGAAUCGGAGGUGAAGGAGCCUGAUCUUAUCAGACCGGUAGAAUUGGACAAAGACUCCAGUAUUGAUGAUGUCAGUGCAGCAAUAGAAUCAUGUUUUGGUGCGGAUGCAAUUGCUGAUUUAUCUCAACCUGCAGAGUUCUCUGGAGAGAAAAUGGAUGUUUCUGAGACACAUUUGUCGGAAGAAAUGAAGCAUGGAUUGCGUGUAAAAGAGGUGGAGUUGGAAACAUUGAUAUCUUCUGCUGGAGCAGCAGAAUCGUCUGUCCAUGUUCCUAUGGGUGAAGAGAUGGAGGAAGGGGAAGCUUUUGAAGAUUUUAUGGUUUUUGAUGAAUCAGAUUAUGACAUUCUUAAACGUAUUGAAAAUGAGAAGAAGGAUGGAGCAGAUGAGUCUCCUGCUGACAUUUCCGGUAGAGAAGAGUUUGCUUUUGAUGUUCAUGUUGAUGCACCACAGAGGAAGGAUGCUUAUGCCUCUUCGUCCAUUGAUGCAGUUGAUGAGGAUAACACCUUUGUUGGGGGAGAGUUCGUAAGAAAGUUUAGUGAAGAGCCGCAAGAUAAUGUGGAAAAGGUUUUCCGCUCAAAGGAUGUCGAGACCAGAAAGGUUUGUGUGUAUGACACCAUUUUGGAUAGUGAAAAUGAUGCUAAGCAAGUUGGUGGAGACAUGAAGUUAGAUCAUCCUGCUGGUUCUCAAUUUGACUCAACCUCCGGUGUAAAUGCAAAAAAAAGAAAACACUCAAAAGUUGCUGCUGAGAAUGAGAAUGUUGGUAAAAAUGAAAAGAAGCGAGGUCCUUUAACCAAGGAAAGCAAAGCAAGGAAAAAGGCCAAGCAGAGAAUUAAACGAGCUGAAGAGAGAAUAAAGCUUGGAGUUAAAAGGCUGAAGCUUCCACCAGUGGUGAAACCAAAAGUCGUGAAAUAUUGCCGCCAUUAUCUCAAGGGAAGAUGCUUAGAGGGUGAGGCGUGUAAAUUUUCUCAUGAUACCAUCCCCUUGACAAAGUCAAAGCCAUGUUGUCAUUUUGCACGUCAGUCUUGCAUGAAAGGCGAUGACUGCCCGUUUGAUCAUCAACUCUCCAAGUAUCCGUGCGAUAAAUAUGCUUCCCAAGGGUUCUGCAAUAGAGGUUCUGGUUGUUUAUUUUCACAUGAGGUAACAACUGUUAAGACAGAGGCAGUUACAAGUCCUAUUGCUUCAAACUCUUUGGUCCAAGUAAACACAAAUGAAAUGUCACAUAAAGACGUUAACUCCACAUCUAGUUCAGCUGGGCUUGUUCCCCGUAAUAGCACUGAGCGAACUGUAUUGGAGCACGUGCGAAAGCCAGCUGCAUCAACACCCAAAGGUAUCACAUUCUUAUCUCAUGGGAAGUCUUUGCAAGGUGAUGCCAGAAAGCAUGAAGAAGUUGGUUUACCCUCCAAAGCAAAUGGUGUUGACAAUAUUCAGAAACCGAAUGGAUUUAUGAAAGGCGCAUCUACGAGGACACCACAAGGAAUGAACUUCUUGUCCUUUGGCCGAGCACCUUCAGCUGAGCCUAGUGGUGACACAUUGUCAGGCAUGCUUAAUAUGGAUUAUGGAGUUGAUAAAUUGCAAUUGGUAGACAUGAAAGCCAAGUUAGGGAGCAUCAAUCAAAUGUCGAUUAGAACCCCUCCUGGUUCUGUACCUCGGGGUGUAAACUUCCUGUCAGUUGACAAAGCAGUAGAAGAUAGAUCAGAUCAUAUUGAGUGUUACAGUGCUUCAUCACUCAUUCAGAGACAAAGUGCACCAAAUACAACUUCCAGCAAAAUGCCGUUUAGACAGUUGAGUUCUAUAUUUCCAGCUGGGCAGUCCUUAAUCCAGUCCGCACAAAAGUGCAAUGCAGAAAUUGCCAGCUCCCCGAAGGCACCGUUCCUUGCAAAUACACCAAGCUCGAUUCAAAAGGCUCUUCAGUCAACUUUAGCAUUUGCGGCCAAGUUUGACUUGGGAGUCAAGUGUGGAAUGUCCAAUAGUUCCCGACAUUAGUUCCAUAAUCAAUGCUAAGGCUGGAAGUUCAAAGAAUAGAAUUGUUUUUUCUUCUGAGCUGGUGGUCUAUCGGAAACAACCUCUCUGCCUCUAAGAUAGGGGUAAGGUCUGCAUACACUCUUACCUUCCCAAACCCCACUUGAUUUCUUGCAACUAUUUUUCUAAUGUGGCCAAAUUUGGAAUCUCUGUCCCUGUAGCCCUGUCUUUUGAGAAAACUGUAAGCGUAUUUGCAAGUAAAAGGGCUUUUAUAGCUGGUGUAGCUGAUGAUACUGGAUAUCAGUGGGCUAUUACUAAGUCCCUGGAUGCUGCAGGUGCCAUAAUUCUAGUUGGAACCUGAGUGCCAGUAAUUGAAAUUUACAAUUCCUUGUGGUAUAUCUUCACAUGUUUUAACGCUUUUGCCUUUCUUUCCAGGCCUUGAACAUUUUUUAAAACAAGUCUGCAAUGGGGGUAGUUUGAUAAUCACGGGUAUUAGAGUCUAAAUACAUCUUUGUCAGUUUGCCAGAUGACUCUUUGAUGGAGAUUUCAAAAGUACACCUGAGGGUGUAAUUUUAAAGCAUAUGGUUGUGUGAUUUCUAUUUUCUGUUUCGAUUGCAUUAUCCUAUAACUGUUUUUUCCUCGCCAUGCAGAUUAAAGUAAGUAAGCGUUACACUGGUUCUUCUAAGUUGACAGUUUUGGUAUGUAGUUCUCCACAUUCACACUUUUGUGCAUGCUGGACACAAUGAGUAAAACUCAAACAGGGUUGUGCACACUAAAGAGCCAGAAUGUAUAAUAAGUAAAGCAUGCAUCUUGAUUGUUCUUGAGGUACCUUUUCAGGGCAUGAUUCUGCAUACUGAGCCGUGGAUCUAUUGGAAACAGCCUCUCUACCUUUGAGAAUAGGGUUAAGGUCAGCGUACACUCUAAUUCUGCAUACUGAGCCGAGGGUCUACCGGAAAACCUCUCUACCUUUGAGGUAGGGUAAGGUCUGUACAUUCUACCCUCCCAAACCCACUUUGUGGGAGUACCAUGGGCAUGUUGUUGUUGCUGUUCUGCAUACUGAAAGCAAUUGAAUAAACCUUUCUUUAAAAUCCAGUGUAUCUAUCAAUCACAUCUUCCUUGUGGUUGUUGUAGUGGACAAAAUAGCAUGUGCCUGACAUGUAUAUAUCAUACUAAAAGCCCCAAAGUGUAGACCCUUCUGCUUCAAGGUUAAAAGCCCGUCUCUGACUCCUCAUACGGUCUGUCCCCUGACAACCCUCUCACAAAAUGAACAACCAUUACAUACAUAAGAACUCCAUGAUCCACACAAUCAUUCUGGGCUUCCUACGAAACAGCACGUGGGCCACCUCUUUCUAAGUGUCUAACCCAUGAUAACAUCCAACUGAACCCCAGGACUGGAUUGUGGGGAUAGAAUCCCCACGGACUCCUCAACCACCUCCGUUGUAUUUUGGUUGCAUAACCAGGAAUUAAAACGGUCAUAUUAACACCCACAAUUCCUCAAUAGAGACCCCACUAGGAUUGGAUUCACAAAUAGCAAAUCUGCCCGUACGAAACAAAGCUCAUGAUCAAACAUUAGACUCAUGCUUCAUACGAUCCAUACUGUCACAAAUCGCAAGACAUACAGUUUCAUCUCCUUUAGAUACAUUCUGCCAUAUCUCUUAACUCAAAAUUUUCUUGAUACAUAUCACUGUAUUAAGGAAGCGUUGUAUGAUCAUGGAUACUGAGUAAAUAAAGUCAUGGGCUCUCUCUGUAUAUAUUUACUUGUUCUAUAUAUCUAUUAUUUCAAUUUCUUAACUAUAUGGCCAUAUAGAAAUUUCCUUCUACAGUAAUGAGCCUGGCUCGACACGUUAUAUUUUCACUCUUUCAUGUUACUGAACUAUGUAUAUUUUCCUGCUUCAGAUACUUCCUUUUUGAACCGAGGGUCUAUCGGAAACAAUCUCUUCUACCUCACAAAGAUAGGAGAGGUUUGAUUUGUGUGCUCUUAACCUUCUUUGCUGAUUAACAAUAAUAGUGAAAUGAGGAUUUGAUUAUUUUUACAAGGUAUGCUCCACAAUGUGCUAUGUUUUAUUUUCCUUUCUGUGUGAAUUAAAAUUAGUUUUGUGUAGCAUCUGACUUUCUGAGUAUCUAUUUUCUGUCUACAAAAUAGAUCAUACUCAUUUCAUUUCUCUUUCUCAAACAAAUUAAUGAUGAUAUAAGAAAAGGGUGGGGAUUAGAGAAGAAGGUGCCGUAGGUAAUUGAGUGUUGUCUCACUUUACGUGGGAGAUAAAGGGGGUUAGCUCCAUCUCUUCUCAGCUUAUUAAUAGUAGAAUUUUGCAAUCACGUAGUUUCUUAGUGUUUUACCCUCGGUCGUUUCCUUUUCUUGGUAUCCUGAUAUUCUGUUGUCUUAUUUUCUUGCAAUAAUGCUUUGAGUACCUUCUCUUUGAGCCGAGAGUUCAUCAGAAACAACCUCUAUCCUCCACAAGGGUAAGGUAUGCGCACAUCUUAGUGUUUUACUUUCGGUUGGUUUCUUUUCUUGAUAUCCUGAUAUUUUGUUGUCUUAUUUUCUUGCAAUAAUGCUUUGAAUAUCUUUUCUUUUGAGCCGAGAGUUCAUCAGAAACAACCUCUAUCCUCCACAAGGGUAAGGUAUGCGCAUAUCUUAUCUUAUCCGACUAUAUUUUUGUAAUUACAGUGUUGUAAAAUAAAAGGGGUGGGGUAACAGAAAUAAUUUGACUACCUUGUCAGCCACCUUUGGCUAAUUUUGCUCGUCUUUCUCAAAUAAUUUCUUAAUAAAUAUAUGUAUUUAGUAUAAUGAGUAUUAGUAGUCUAUAAGCAUUUGAAAAUAACAACUUUGUAAUUUUAUUAAAGGUGAUGUGACCUGCUGAUAAGCUAGUUUUAGCUAAUUUCUACCUCACGCAACUAUAUCACUUAUUUAAGUCAUAAGUUGCUAAAUAAUUCCAAGUAUAUUCAUCACAUGAAAUAAACCAAAAGCACCACUAUCAUCUUGCAUCACCAAAAAA